CUAAGGUAGUACGGUUACAAGACGCCAUGUGACGUGUUGACGAUGCGGGUAGCGAAUAUCAGCCAGGUCCACACGUCGAAGGCGUACAUGCGCCCUCCCUGCCUCUCGGCGCCGCGACCACCUUAAUUCCGGGGUCGGUCCCCAGCUGUAGAAAUGCGACCCCGCAGGCUACAAUAUAAGUUAUUAAGGCGACUGCAUCUGGACCGAAGAUACAAGAGGUGCUGAACUUCCUUGAGAAGAACAUAAAGGGCAAGGGACACGCUGAGGCCAACUGGCAGGACGUGAAAGGGCUUCAGAUCCAGACGCUGGGCCCAGUGAUGAGCGUCGACUUCAAGAAGGGAGAGUUGGAGGUGGGGAUUGUCGGUAGGCCACGGCCUGACGUACGAGAGAGCACUGAUACGGAAUUUAGAGUGCUGACCGAGAUAAGAUUGAUGGGCGGUUACAGGCCAUUGCGGACAAGGACAGAACGAAUUGGGCGAGGUUGUACCUAGAAGACGCAGUACUACUAAA